AUGGAAUUUAGGCAUUGGAUUAAAUCAAAAGACCAAGAUAACAAAGAACAGGGUCAACUAACAAUUCUGUCUUUCAAUAUUUUAUCUAGACAUUAUGCAUACGAAAAUCUUUUCCCAUAUGCGGGAGCAUUCUUACAAUGGGAGUAUAGAUUUCCAUUAAUCAAUGAAACUAUAAAUCAACUAAAAUGUGAUAUAAUGUGUUUUCAAGAAAUGGAAUAUCAAUUAUAUGAAAAGUAUUGGAGGAAAAUGCUUGUUGACUACGAAAGUCAUUUUGUAAGGAAACCACCUGCUGGACAUUGGUGUAAAGCAGAAAAAUUCAUGGACGGAGUCAGCAUAUUUGUUAAUAGUAAAAGAUUCGAAGUACAGGAUAAAUUAGAAGUUCAUUUAGCUAAAUUAAUUACCCAGAAUACACCCGGAGUCACUCGAGACUUGUACGAAAGAGUCAUGUCUAAAAAUACAGUAGCAUUAAUCUUAAAACUAUAUGAUAAACUUCAUGCAAAAAUUGUUUAUGUAGCCAAUACUCACUUGUAUUGGUCACCUAAACAUAAUGAUGUCAAAGUAUUACAAACAAAAUUAUUAUUAAAUGCAUUAAACAACUUUAUAGACGAUCCAUAUCAAGCUCAUAUAAUCCUUGCAGGAGAUUUCAAUGCAAAUUCUCAAUCAAAUGUUUUCAAAUUAAUAGAUUCAAAAAGUAAUCCAUCUCGUACAAUUAAUAUUACUGAUUGUCCUGAGUUUUCCUCAUAUGAUUAUGGGAUUGAUAAUAAUCUUAUAAGCCAUAAAAAUGAAAUUAAAAAUCCAAUAGAACUCACAAGUUCUUAUCAUUCUAUAAUAUCUCGACAAGAGUUAAAUUUUACAACUUACUGUAAAGAUUUUACUGAUGAAAUAGAUCAUAUCUUUAUCAGCCAACAACAAAUCUUGUUACAGCAAAUUCAGGGUCAAACUCAACCUCCACAACCUCAAGUUAAUGGAGGUCAGUUUAAUCAACCCAAUGAAAACUAUAAUGAUAUAUAUAAUAACAAUUAUCAAAGAGCUCAACCACCUCAAUUACAACAGCAACAAUUCUUUGCUCAAUAUCCCCAAAAUCAACAACAAACUCAACAACAAUUACCAUAUCAACAAAAUCCUCAACAACAACCUCAAUUACAACCACAACAAUAUCAACAACAACAACAAAUUCCUCGUCCUCCUCAUUUACAACAAACUCAUCAACAACAACAAUUCUAUAAUCAGGCUGCACUUCAACAACAAGUCCAGCAAGUCCAGCAAGUUCAACAGGUGCAACAAGUUCAACAAGUUCAACAGGUUCAACAACAGCAACAACAACCUCAACAACCUACUUUACCAAAAAUCAUUUCUGUUGAAAAUCCAACUACCCCAUAUUGGCAACAACAACAACAAUUAGCACAAUUAUCAAGAAAUGCAACCAUUCCUCAUUAUUAUGCAAGACAUUAUGCAUCAAAUUCAAGAAAACUCAAAAAUCCAUAUAGUGAGAAUAAACCUACAUCAUUAGUAGAUGCAACAAGAAGCACAGUUGAAGAAUUGGAAAAAACCUUAAAACCUGUAAGCACUGGUGGCUCAAGUACUCCAACUACCAACGCAGCUCUUUUGUAUAAUAAGAAAGUUACUCAAGAUCAUGAUGAUGAUCAUUUACAAGAAGAACAAAGAAUGAGAAUUAAAACUAAUGGAUUACAAUUAUGGUGUCAAUUGGAUUUAAGUGGUCAAGGUCUUAUUUAUAUAUCACCUAAAUUAUUCCAAUAUGACUUUCUAGAAUCAUUGUAUCUUAAUAAUAAUAAGCUUGUCGAAGUUCCUAAAAUAAUUAAGCAAUUGAAGAAUUUAAGAGUCUUAGAUUUAUCCUAUAAUAGACUUGAAAGUGUACCUGCCGAACUAGGGUUAUGUUUCAAUUUAAGAUUUCUUUAUUUGUUUGAUAAUAAUAUCAAAACAUUACCUAAUGAAUUUGGUAAUUUAAUUGAAUUAUCAUUCUUGGGGAUUGAAGGUAAUCCUAUAGAUUCAGUAAUAGCCAAUUUAAUUGCGGAUAAAGGUACUAAAGAAUUAAUAAAAUACUUGAGAGACUUAAAGACUGAUCUUAAACCAAAACCAAGACCAUGGAUAGUUAUUGAAGAUGAUGGUGAAGUUUUGGAUUCCGAAAAUGAAGUUUAUUCAGGUGAAACUAAUUCAUCAGAUUCAUUUACUAUGUUAUGUUAUAAUACUUUAUGUCAACAUUAUGCAACUCCAAAAAUGUAUAAAUAUACUCCAUCUUGGGCUUUGGAUUGGGAAUAUAGACGAAGCAUAUUAAAGCAAGAUGUAUUAAAUUUCAAUUGUGAUAUUAUAUGUAUGCAAGAAGUUGAAACAAAAACCUUUCAUGAAUUUUGGACACCAUUAUUAACUGAACGAGGUUAUAAAGGUAUAUUCUUUAAUAAAACAAGAGCUAAAACUAUGAGUGAAGUUGAUUCUAAAAAAGUGGAUGGAUGUGCUACUUUCUAUAAGACAAGUAAAUUCACCCUUGUUCAGAAACAAAACUUUGAAUAUAGUUCUACUUGUAUGGGAUCUGACAAAUAUAAAAAGACCAAGGAUAUGUUCAAUAGAUUUAUGAAUAAAGACAAUAUUGCAUUAAUUUCUCUUCUACAACAUAAUGAAACUGGUGAAAAAAUAGUUGUUGUUAAUACUCAUUUACAUUGGGAUCCUGCUUUUAAUGAUGUUAAAACUCUUCAAGUAGGAAUCUUAGUUGAAGAACUUCAAAGUAUAAUGAAGAAAUUUUUUCAUGCUAAUUCAUUUGAAGAAGUUAAAAAUAAUUCAUUAAUUAUUGCUGGAGAUUUUAAUUCUAUGCAAGAUAGUGCUGUUUAUGAACUUUUAUCAACUGGACUGGUUAAAAAGGAUCAUAAAGAUAUCUUAGGUAGAGAUUAUGGGAAUUUUACUGCUGAUGGAUUUCAUAAUAAAUUUAAAAUGAGUUCGGCUUAUGAUGCAGUUGGUGAAUUACCUUUCACUAAUUUUACACCUGCUUUUGUUGAAGUUAUUGAAUAUAUUUGGUAUUCAACAUCUUCAUUAAGAGUUAAAGGAUUAUUAGGUAAAGUGGAUGAAGAAUUUGCUAGUCAUUAUAUUGGAUUCCCUAAUGCUUAUUAUCCUUCUGAUCAUAUACCUCUUGUUACUAAAUUUCAAAUCAAGACUGGUGGAACUAAGAAAUUAGAUUUCAAACCAGAUUUUAAAACUGGACCUUCUAGAAAGACUUAA